AAUAGUUCGGUUUGAAGUUGAGCAACCGAUAGUAUCACGGGUUUCCGAGUCUCCUCUUUCUCCACACACAUCUACUUUGCCGAGAUUUCGGUUUUCAUCUGCCAAUCUGCUAUUCGUGUUUAAUUUGGUAAUCCAGAACCACUGCAACGACUCGCAGGGAUGUCUCGUGGGAGGCGGGUGUCAUUGUCGCUGACGUAUCUGUUUUAAUACAAAACCACCGGUUACAGAUCAGAAAAACUCUUUAUGAGACUUGACAUAACUCAGAUAGGAUGCCUCGAAGAUACUUAAGCUGCUUUUCAUCCAAUCUCUCCUUUCCCCCUGGACCCAAGGGCUUGCCGGUGCUAGGUAACCUGCUCGAUCUCAACGGCAGUCAGCCAUGGAUUAGCUUCACUCAGUGGGCAUCGACACGCGGGGACGUCAUCUAUUGUAGGCUGUUCGGACGGCAAAUUAUUGUUCUACAAUCACAGGAAGUUGCCAAAGCACUGUUGGAGCAUCGCUCUAGUAUAUAUUCUGACAGGCCACCACUCUCUACCAUAAAGGCGAUCGGAUCUGAGUUUAACAGUGCCCAGUUAAGGUAUUCUGAUGAAUGGAGAUUACAUCGACGAAUUUUCCAUCAAUCAUUCCGACCCGAAGCAGCAAAAGAUUACUUACCUCUUCAACUUCGCAAAGCUCGUCAGUUGUUACAGGGCAUCAUAGAAUCCCCUGAACGCUACCAGCGCCACAUCGAACUCUUCGCCUCUUCCGUCAUCAUGUCUGCUGUAUACGAUUACGAGGCCAAGCUGAACGACGACCCACUUUUACUUACCGCUGAAAAGGCGAUCAAAGUGUUUUUGGAAAUGGCAAGCCCCAAGACUUCAGCUAUCCUGGAGACAUUUCCGUUUCUGCUAAGACUGCCCUCUUGGUUUCCCGGCGCGAGUUUUAAAAGACUCGCUAUCCAAUCACAAAAGAAUGCUGCAGCCAUGGUCAACAUCCCGUUCCACUAUGCACGAGAACGCGCAAUGACUGCAACUUCGAAUCAGUGUAUGAUCUCGGAGUCUUUUAAGCGGUUAGACACGCGCGGUAAUGCGGACGAGUUCGAGCUUGCGUUGAAGUCGUCUUCUGCUACAGCAUUCAUUGCUGGAGUUGAAACGACUGCAUCAACGAUUACUGUCUUUGUUCUUGCAAUGAUGCUCUAUCCAGAUGUACAGAAACGUGCACAAGAUGAGAUUGAUGCAGUUAUAGGCGACCAACUUCCUACCUUUGAAGACCGGUCUUCAUUGCCAUAUGUGGAAGCAGUCUUGCGCGAGACCCUUAGAUGGCAUCCAGUGUUCCCUCUUGGCUUGCCGCAUUACACUACAGAUAGUGACGUGUACAAUGGUCAUCAUAUCCCCAAAGACGCGAUCGUCAUGGCAAAUAUCUGGGCCAUGUCAAAAGACGAACUACAAUACCCGAACCCUGAUGACUUCAAACCAGAGAGAUUUUUCAUGGCUGAUGGACAAUUGAACGACGAUACUGUCGACUUUCCUUUCGGCUUUGGGCGCCGAGUAUGUGUUGGAAAGUACUUCGCUGAUGCUUCCUUGUGGAUUUCUAUAGCGUCUCUGCUAGCAGUUUUCCGUUUUAUGAAACCAUUGGACAAUGAAGGAAAAGAAAUAGACCCUAUCUUCCAAUGGUCCACUGGAUUAAUUUCACACCCUGAAUCCCUUCCUUGCCGUGUCAAUCCCCGACACCCCGACAUGACUGCACACAAGCUUGCAGACUUGAUAGACCUCAGUGCAUAAAGCAAGCUGCUUCGUCAGGGUCAGUUGUACGAUUAUAUCUAAACGGAGGUCACUAUCAUUUUUGUACAUAUCACGCAAGUUAAACUUGAAAUUGAUUCCGAUUCUGUACAAUGACAAGUCAGU